CUAUACGACUAUACGUGUUCUUUUUUUCAUCUCAUUCAAAUAAUAUCAUAGCCGGGCCGUAAUAUCCAACAAAUCCUGUGGCUGGAGGGAGACGCACGAAGUCUUUAGUCUGCGUGAAGCUGCCGGUUUAGAGAUUUAAUGGAGAAGAAAGUACCAUUUUUUCUUACAAGGUUGUUGGGAAGAAGUCCUCAGAAUUCUGAAUUUGGUGAACAAAAAGGUUGGGGUAUUACAGCAGAUGACACAAGGUUUGGUGGUUGGGGAUCAUCGUCAUCCCCUGGUUCCACCAGUUCUGGAUCGAUCGCCAAUGGUUGGGCUGAUGAACCUUCUGAUAACCAUUACAAUGGAUGGGCAUAUGAGAAGCCUGAAAACGAGUAUAAUGGAUGGGAAUCUUCUAUCCCAGGUGAUGAAUCUGCAACUCCAGAAGCAAGUAGCAAUGGCUGCAUGAAGGUUGAGCUACCUGAAUCUGUAUCCACUAGCAAUCAAAGACUUUUAAACGCCGAAUCUUUCCCUUGUCCACCAGUUCCUUCAGCUCCACCACUUCCUUAUGUGGGUUCCAAUGAGCACCAUGCCACUAAUGCUUCAAAUCAUUUGUGUUUGGAUGUCAAGAACGAUGUGGUUUCAGUGAAUCAAAUCAAGAAAGGCAAUGCAUCGUGUGUGGUAUGUUGGGAAGCUCCGGUUGAGGGAGCUUGUGUACCUUGCGGACAUAUGUCUAGUUGUAUGCCAUGCUUACGUCAGAUCGAAUCUAAACAAGGGAUUUGCCCGGUUUGUAGGGCCAAGAUUGACAAAGUUUUGAGGAUCUAUGCUAUCUAAAUCGAAUAAGCAUCAGCUUGUAUUGUUGUCUUUCGAAAAACAAACAUGCACCUCUACAUUGAUCAUACAUGUAUUAUCUCUUAGUUAUUCUUUAACUAUAUAUGUAUGAUUUCUUUGAACCAA